AUGAGCAGGCCAGCAGGCAUGGUGGCGCGGCGCGGGGCUGCCGCCACUGCUCAUAUUUCUAAGGGACCGUCGCGCUCGAUGCAGGCCUCGACCGGCGCUAAAAGCGCCCCGGCCGCCGCCGCAUCUCUUGCUCCCCUCUCCACAAGACGGCUCCCCGCCGACCACCACUCGCCGGCCUCCAUGAUGGCAGUGAUUCAGGAGCAGUGGCUGCAGCUGUGCGAGUACUUCCAACGGGUGCAGUGCGCCAACACACACGACGAGCGGACUAGCCUGAUGAGGGAGCUGGGCAGCGUGGAGAAGGCUCUCUCGGUCAUACUAGAUGCGUUGCUGACGGAUCGUGCGAUGCUGGUGGCUAACCAUCCUGCUCUGAAUCAGCACAGCCACGUCUUUGGGGGCUCCUUCCGCUCUGAAAGCGCGCCGCCGUCGCCACCGGAGUCUUCCGGAGACAUGGGAGCCCUCGGCAGGGCGGAGACAAUGACCACUGCUACACACAUCGGCACCUCGCCGUCCGCCUCGCUGUCGUCGUCGUGCCUGCUGGACGGUGUAGAUGGCGCGUGCUUGGCACUGCCGCCGUGCUACCGUUUCCUCUUCGCCGAUUCUCACAGCGUGCCGAUACCGCCGCCCCCGACGGACGAGAGAGGGGCAGUGUCCAAGACGAAAGAUACCGCUGCCUUCAGCAAUGAGCCCCCGCCAAUCGGCAACAUUUUCCUUCUCAUGCUCUGUCAGUACGCUAAGCAGGACGAGCCGCCCGGCGUCCGCUCUGUCAUUCUGGACUUCCUGGCACGUCUACUCCAGGAGGCCGAUUUGCCGACGGAUCGCUCGGCCUACCCGGCUGGUGAGCAGGCCAUGUCACUGCUGCAGCUCCGCCCGUCCGUGCUUAUUGUGCCACUGCUAGACAUGGUGCGCAAGGUGAGCAAGGCCCUCGACCCGGCCAACGCCGCCGCCCUCCACCCCACGACGACCUCGACGUCGGCUUCGGCGUCUACGGUAGCGGUGACGGAGACAUAUCGGUGGGCGAUCGACGACCCGCGCGACGGCACUCUCCUGCAAGACGCUGGUCGCACGCAAUUUGUCAUUUUUCUCAGUACGUUGGCGGAGAAGAUGGAGCGGGUGCCAGCGCUGGCCAACUUCUUUGUCGUUGAGGAUGGCUCACAAGAGCGCAACUUGCUCGUGCCGCUGGACGCGCUGCUGCCCUACCUCACGCACGACUGCAGCACCCAGGAGUGGACGCACCGGCGCGACACGUGUCGCUUUGCCUUGAGCGCUGUCGUGUCCCUGGCCAAGUGCUCAGAUCCGUGGAUCCAGGACGUCGUUGCCAAGGAGGAGCGCGUGGCGUCGCGCACCCUCAACGCUGCCCGCACCACCCUCUUGACGCUAUGCAAGAUUCCCGAAAACGACGACGGCGCGACGCAGCUGCUAUACCUUCGUGAUGUGAUGCGCUUCUGGGCAACAUUGUUGACGAUGGCGCCGUCCGUCGCGGACACGCUGCAUCUGUUACCCCUCAUCGAGAAGGAGUUUGUCUGCCAGACUCUGCUACCGCUCCUUCAGUCGCCGGACAGCCACGUGUACUCGGCCGCGUGUGUGGUGGUGUCCAACAUACUCGCAGACCUACAAGGGUCCGCGCCGCUGCUGAAGGUCUGCUUUGCCAAGGCGCUGCUUUCCACGACGAUCCGGAAAGCGAGCGGGCGCAUUGUGCCUAACAAACAGUUUUAUGAGGUGUUGGUGCAGAAUCCGGUCACCGCAGCUUCCGCGACGCGCACGGGCGGCCUUGCGGUGACGCGCGGACAGCAGGAGGAGAAGGCCGCCGCGUCUUUGCCCGAGCACCCGAUUACAUCGUUCUUCACCUACUACAUCCUUCCGCAUCUGUCCAGCAACCCCUGCCUAUCGGAGGAGGACAAGGAGAGCAGCACCUUGCUAGGCUUCACGACAACACGGUGGUCGGCGACGAAAGCGACGCUGCUACUUGUGCAGACCCUCGCUGAGCAUGUCCCGCACGUGUUUCUGCGCGAGGUGUUCUUGAUGGAUGUCACCUCGCUAUCGGACGUGCAGCGCAAGCAGACGGCGUGUGCGCUUCACACCGCCGACUCCGGUGGCUGCAAGAGCGCCCAGUCGCGGGGCAGCGCCAUCACACCGCCGCACCUGAACAUUCACGACUGCUUUCUGAGUAGUCUGCUCUCGGCAGCUGCGACAAACCCCAAGGUGGGGCUGCAGCCCGAUUGCGUCGGGGAGGCUGUACUGUCGCGACUGCUGCGGGUGGAGGCCAACAUGCCCGUGGCGGCGCUGCGAGCUCGGCAGCGCAUGAUGAGCGCCAUGAAACCGCCGUGCGGCUCCUCUUCCACAGCGGCCACGGCGACGGCCGAUGCCGCAAAGACGACAGAGGCGCCGGCGGCGGCAGCCGAGCCGGCGAACUGUUGGUUUCAUGCCGGUGUGCAGACCUCGCCUUUCACUACGGCCCUGUGCGAAAUGGUGCAGCACCUGGACUCGUCUCCAUACACGGUCAGCUCCCUUGUGGCCGACCUCGUUGUCUCCAUCGCUGUCAUGCCAGACCUACGCGUGCUAUACACGCUCUUGGACUCGAAGCGGGGCCCGCUGGUGACGGCCCUCUGCGGGUUGCGCAGCGUCCUUCAGCUUCACUUGGAAAGAAAGGUUGCGGAGACCAGCCCAAUAAAGAAGAAUACGGGUGGCAGAGGGCCAUUCGCGAGCACCAGCACCGCCCCCCGCCCACUUGCCGUCUCCAUGCCGUUUCUGUACGACAUGCUGCUGCAGCACUGGGACCUUCUCGUCGACGAUGAAGCGGAGAGAACCAAGAGUCCAGUCACACCAAACCACUCCUCAAGUGGCUCUGAGGUGUCGGCCGAGGCGCUUCGUGAGGUCAUUAGGAAACACGGUAACGUGCUGUACGCCUGCCUCUACUCCGAGUACCUGCAUGCUUACUUGGACGCCGUCAUUGGCUACACGGCCCUGUCGCAGAACUUGAUAUACCUCAAGAUGCCCGACUGA